CCAGGUGCCAUGGCAGAAAAGGUGCUGGUAACUGGAGGAGCAGGCUACAUUGGCAGCCACACGGUGCUGGAACUCCUAGAGGCGGGCUACUCGCCUGUGGUCAUCGACAACUUUCACAAUGCCAUCCGUGGAGGGGGCUCCAUGCCCGAGAGCCUUCGGCGGGUGCAAGAGCUGACGGGCCGUUCUGUGGAGUUUGAGGAGAUGGACAUCUUGGACCAAGCAGCCUUACAGCGUCUCUUCAAGAAGCACAGCUUUGUGGCGGUCAUCCACUUCGCAGGGCUCAAGGCUGUGGGAGAGUCCGUACAGAAACCUCUGGAUUAUUACCGGGUCAAUCUGACAGGGACCAUCCAGCUCCUGGAGAUCAUGAAGACCCAUGGUGUGAAGAACUUGGUGUUCAGCAGCUCCGCCACCGUGUACGGGAAUCCCCAAUACCUGCCACUAGACGAGGCCCACCCCACAGGUGGCUGCACCAACCCCUACGGCAAGUCCAAGUUCUUUAUCGAGGAGAUGAUCCAGGACCUGUGCCGGGCAGACAAGACCUGGAAUGCGGUGCUGCUACGAUACUUCAACCCCACGGGUGCCCACGCCUCUGGCUGUAUCGGAGAGGAUCCCCAGGGCAUCCCAAAUAACCUCAUGCCUUAUGUCUCCCAGGUGGCGAUCGGGCGACGAGAGGCCCUGAAUGUCUUUGGCAAUGACUAUGACACAGAGGAUGGUACAGGCGUCCGGGACUACAUCCACGUUGUGGAUCUGGCCAAGGGCCACAUUGCAGCCUUGAGGAAGCUGAAGGAGCAAUGUGGCUGCAGGAUCUACAAUCUGGGCACAGGCAUAGGCUACUCAGUACUGCAGAUGGUCCAUGCCAUGGAAAAGGCCUCUGGGAAGAAGAUCCCAUACAAAGUGGUUGCUCGACGUGAAGGUGAUGUGGCCACCUGCUAUGCCAACCCUAGCCUGGCCCGAGAGGAGCUGGGCUGGACAGCAGCCUUGGGGCUGGAUAAGAUGUGUGAGGAUCUGUGGCGCUGGCAGAUGCAGAAUCCUUCAGGCUUUGACACACAGGCCUGAGGACCCUCCUGAGAUAGACCAGAAGAGGAAAAGAAAGGACUGCCUGCUCUCAGGUUCCCGGCAGGAACCCGGGUGUCUCUGAGAUGCUGGGCAAAGUCAAGGCUACCCCUACCUCAACACCCAGUUUGGCCGGCCUCUUAGCCCACCAGGCCUGAGGCCAAGGGCUCCACUGACCAGGA